CCACCCUCCAACACAAUGACCUCGUACGCCGACGAGCUCCUGCUCGACCUCGGCUCCGGCUCCGACGGCGAGGGCGACGCCUCGCGCUCGCCAAGCCCGGCACCCGCCGCCGGCCCUUCGUCCGCUGCCAACGGCGGCGCCUCCACACAGGCUGCUGCAGGCGACUCGGACGACGAGGGCGACACGGAGAUGCAGCUGCCCGAGGGUGGUACGCUGCCCGCCGCAGAGCUCGAUGCGCAGACCGUCGAGACGAUGGACGUCAGCGGCAGCGUGCGCGAGGUGUCGCGGCUGAAGGAGAGCUCGAAGAUGAAGGAGAUUCUGAAGUCCAUUGCACACUUCGCCGCGCUGCCGUCGCCCGAGGUCUCUCAAUCGGGCGUGCUCGAGGACUCGCAGGAGUAUCAGCUCAUCGUGCGGGCGAACAACCUGGCUGUCGACCUGGACAAUGAGAUUCUGAUUGUGCACAAGUACAUCCGGGACCACUACGCCCCUCGCUUCCCGGAGCUCGAGUCGCUCAUCCCCUCGCCGUGGGAGUUCGUGCGCGCGGUGCAGGCGCUGGGCAAUGACGACGACUUGACGAAGGCGUCGCUGCAAUCGAUUCUGCCGCACGGCACCGUCGUCGUCAUCUCGAUGACGGCCAGCACGACCAAGGGGCGCCCGCUGCCCGAGCUGGAGUGGAAGCGCGUCGACGAGGCGGCAGAGCUGGUCUUUGAGCUGGAGAACGAGCGGCGCAACAUCCUGCAAUACGUCGAGUCGCGCAUGACGCUGAUCGCGCCGAACCUGAGCGCUGUCGUCGGCACGCGAGUCGCGACGAAGCUGCUAGGUGUGGCAGGCGGCUUGACGGGCCUGAGCAAGAUUCCGGCGUGCAACAUCCAUCUGCUUGGUGCUUCGAAGAAGCUGGCAUCGGGCGCGUCGAGCGCCUUCCGCAACCGGCCAGUCGGCUUCAUCUUCCAGUCCGAGCUCAUCCAGAACGUCGGCGAGGACUACCACCGGCAGGCACAGCGCAUCGUCUCGGCCAAGGCGCUGCUGGCGGCGCGCGUCGACAUGGGCGGCUCCGACCGGCACGGCACGUACGGCGCGCGCAUCAAGCAAGAGCUCGAGAAGAAGCUUGAGAAGCUGCAGGAGCCGCCGCCGAUCAAGAUGACGAAGGCGCUGCCGGUGCCGAAGGAGGGCGGCAACAAGCAGCGGCGUGGCGGACGGCGAGCGCGCAAGCUCAAGGAGGCGAACGGCCUCACGGAGCUCAAGAAGCAGCAGAACAGAGUCGAGUUCGGCAAGGCCGAGGAGGAGGCCGGCGCGUUCGACGAGACGAUUGGCCUGGGCAUGAUGAAUGCCGGCAGCAGUGGGCGCGUCAGAGCGCAUGUCGCUGGCGCCACCUCCAAAGCCAAGAUGUCGAAGAUGAACAAGACUCGUCUCUCUGCGCUCCGCAGCCGGUCUACCGGCGCAGCACUAGAUGCCGGCGGAGACUCGUCGGGCACGGCCUCGUCGCUCUCCUUCACACCGGUGCAGGGCAUCGAGCUCGUGGACCCCUCGCGCCAACGAAAGGUCGACGAGGCCAACGCAAAAUGGUUCAAGGAGGGCACCUUCUCUCUCGCGCCUGGUGCGCGGGGCACUGCCAUUCCGGGAUCAUCAGGCGGCGCAGGCAGCAUGGGUCCGCCGGCGCUGCCGCCAGCGAAGAAGCCGCGUGUCGAGUGAAAUGAGAUCACACAUACGCACAGGC